CAACAUCGGUCACGAUCCAAAAUCACACACGAGAUCCGUCAAACCCGCACUCAUGAAUUCACGAAAGUUUCCUCGCUCUGCAAAACGGACCACAAUCAUUCACUGUCGAUCAAGCGCUGCUUUCAAUGAAAACACCAAAGAGACACAAAUUUUCUACCAUGUUCUCCUAUCGCUCUUCGUUUUCCAAAUCGACGGAUCCUCCUGUGACUAAGACAAAGGAUCUCCUUCAGCCCGCAACGAGUCAAGGCACCAUGGUCUCCGUCGAAGACUCCGACACCCGCAUCGCGGAUCACAAGCUUUCCUACGAUAAUGAGGAACAAGAUUUGUUCGAAAUCCUCCCUCGUGAAACUACCGUCGUCCACGACGAUGAGUACGACGACAAUUCCGUUCCGUCACUCGCUCCCCGUGACCUUACCGACUCAAUCCUGGACGAUGUUCCGACUCUUCGUAGCUCUGUUGGUCUGACCAGUCCGCCUCGAUUCGAUCAUUCGCCCGUUGUCGUAGAACCGCUUCCAGACAAGGUUGCUAUCAUCGAGGAGGAAAAAGAAGACCCCAUGCCUCCUCCGCUAGAGCAACAGGAGCCGUUGGAAGACCAAAAUUUGUUGGUCACAUCAACAUCCGACUUGGAACCUUUGCUGGUGCAGCUAGACGACGCCCAAAAGGUCUCCAUCAACGAAAGGGUUCACCAGAGAACUCUGACAGAGGACGAUGUUCUUCUCGACCCUUGCCCUCGUGCAAGUGCUUUACAGCUAGUGGGACGGACAUUCUUUGCUUUUAUUUUUGUUGUCUCUUUGGCACUGCCCUUGUCAAGGAUCGGAUCCGGGGCGACGCUAUCGCUGCCAAAUUUACCUACCUAUUACGACACACACCCAAUGCCCGCCAAACAUCCGGCGGAGCAGUCCACUCCGACGCCAUCACCGAUACAAUAUUCAACGGAUAUGCAGUCUACGAUCAAUAAUAACCAGCCCGUGGCGAAAGGGGGGGGCAUCCACUCCGUGAAACCUCCCCUAUCGAGUCUGGUAUCAGUUGCUUACGGCGCCACUUCCUUUCCGGAGGACAAAAUUUUUGCGGCGACGUUGGAUCUCGCUCGGCAAGCCACAGGCAAGGGAUGGUGGCUCGCAUUUUCUCCCUUCUCUUCGCUAGCGUGGGAAGAGAAGCAAACUUUGGGCUGGUGGACGACGAUGAGGCUAUCGAUGCAAGUGCUGCUGGUCCUAGGGUUGAUCACGAUGGCUUUAGCGGGGCGUGGACGGCGCUUCGCUCCGCCUACAUUGCUAUCAGUAAGCCAGCUUGUCAAAGUCAAGAAAGUGCCUACACUUCACAAAGAAGAGAACGACUUUUCGGACUACCGUGUACUCUACCAAUUUCAAUUGGAUUUUGAAAAGGUCAAAACCGACGUUGGACGACGUUCGAAAAACUUGACCUUAUUGCUUGAUGAGUUUGGUAUCGAUGGUGACGCAUAUGCAACUUUGACGAUAGAAGAAAUACGGUCUAUUCUCCCCUAUUUGCCAGGCCACGCUAUCGUCUCGGCCAGCAAGACCGUGCUUGUCGAAGGCUUGCUGAACCGCUACUCCUUCACACUAUCGCGCUUUACUAAGAACCAACUCGUUGGUCUCUUGCACUUGAAACAUCAGGACGUGCCCAGUCGCUUUACGAAGGCGGAACUGGUUCACAUGGCGUUGCAAGCGGGCUUUUGA